GGGGGGCGCGUUGGGACCCGUGCAGCAGCGGGGGCAGAGGUUGCCGUCCAUCCUGGCUGCAGGGUCACGUCUCUGAGGGGAACCCUGUGCUCCUCUGGAGCUCCCUUGUGCUCACCGGAUUAUCUGGAUACCACACGUAGCAUCUGUAUUGUUAAAGCAGUUGUGUGGAGCGUGUUGCAGCAGCAGCGUAAGAGUGAUAGAGGCGCUUUCCAGUUUCACGCAGACUUUCUCAUAAAGGUGUCGGGGAAGUGUGCUUCCAGGUAGUUGUGAAGGAGAUGAGGCGUAGAGGAGGCGACUGGCCCUUGGAGCCAAGCUGUACAGGUUUUGGCUUGGGGAGGAAGUGCAGGGGUAGGGUACGGAGAGGAGAAGCAGAGGAGCUUACAGCUUUCAGGAAUUACUGAACUUGUCCACCAUCUCAAUCUCGUGCAUGGUGAGACAAGCUCUGCAACUUGUGUUAUCCCUGUGUUCUUGCAUACUGCAUUUUUUUGCUCCUUUCUUUCUUAGUAUAGCUUGGAUUUUCAUCCAGCCCAAGCCACCUUUACCAAAGUGUACGACAUGUCAGCAGUUUUCUGACAGUCAACUUCCUUUAGAGUGUCUCUUUGAUGGUGAAGGUCCCUCUUUGACAUAAAGGAGUUCGUAGAUGAGAAAGAGAUGGGAAGGUGAGAAGGUAGCUAGGCAUGCCAUCUUCAUACGUAACGCUGACUUUUUGGUGACGGAUAAAUGGUGGUGCUGCUUAAGGACUGAAAAAAAGUUGCACAUUUCAUAUGUGGAUGUAGAUGAGUUGUAGGAAUGUUUUCCUUGGCUAGAGAAAAAUAUAGGAUUUUUCCUGAACUGUGUUUUAUGCAUUGUCUGGUUGAAAGGCAAGGGGAGGGCAUGUUUAUUAAAUGAGUAAGUACACUUAGUUUUUUCCUGACUAAUUUUUCUGGCUUUAGCAAACUGCUUGACCUCUCCACGCUCACUUCUCCCAUGUCGGAUUUAUAUGAUAAUGCAAAUUAGGUGUUUUUAUUUUCUUCAGCUUACACCAUACUCGCCAACCCGUGGUACAGACAUGCUGAGAGCCAAGGAUGCUCUCCUGCGCCUGUGGCCCCACCACUGCAUGUGUCUGGCACAACUUCCAGCCUGCCGGUUCACGUGGCGUUCGCUGCACAGGCAGCCGCUGCACCCCGAGUGGGCUGCCCUUGCUGAAAAGCAGCUGAAAGGCAAGAAUCCGAAGGAUUUAAUUUGGCACACCCCAGAGGGGAUCGACAUCAAGCCUUUAUACUCCAAAAGGGACACGAAAGACUUCCCUGAGGAGCUGCCAGGGGUGAAACCUUUCACUCGAGGACCCUACCCAACCAUGUACACAUACAGGCCGUGGACUAUCCGCCAAUAUGCUGGCUUCAGUACAGUGGAAGAGAGCAAUAAGUUCUACAAGGACAACAUUAAAGCUGGCCAGCAGGGAUUAUCUGUUGCUUUUGAUUUAGCCACUCACCGUGGUUAUGAUUCAGACAAUCCACGAGUUCGAGGAGACGUUGGAAUGGCUGGAGUUGCCAUUGAUACAGUGGAAGACACCAAAAUCCUUUUUGAUGGAAUUCCUUUAGAGAAAAUGUCAGUUUCUAUGACAAUGAACGGGGCAGUCAUUCCUGUGUUGGCAACUUUCAUUGUAACUGGAGAAGAACAGGGAGUGCCUCAGGCCAAGCUGACAGGGACAAUCCAAAAUGACAUCUUGAAGGAGUUCAUGGUCCGAAAUACGUACAUUUUCCCCCCAGAACCAUCGAUGCGGAUUAUUGCUGACAUCUUCCAGUACACCUCAAAGUAUAUGCCAAAAUUUAAUUCCAUUUCAAUCAGUGGGUACCAUAUGCAAGAGGCAGGCGCUGAUGCCAUUCUGGAAUUAGCUUAUACUAUAGCAGAUGGCUUGGAGUACUGCAGAACUGGACUUAAAGCUGGCCUUACCAUUGAUGAAUUUGCACCAAGGCUCUCCUUCUUUUGGGGAAUUGGCAUGAACUUCUAUAUGGAAAUAGCUAAGCUGAGAGCUGGAAGGCGGCUGUGGGCUCAUUUGGUAGAGAAAAUGUUUAAGCCCAAGGAUCCCAAAUCUCUUCUGCUGAGAGCGCAUUGUCAAACUUCGGGCUGGUCGCUCACUGAGCAGGAUCCCUUUAACAAUGUUAUCCGUACUACAAUUGAAGCAAUGGCUGCGGUGUUUGGAGGUACACAGUCUUUGCAUACAAAUUCAUUUGAUGAAGCCUUGGGUUUGCCUACCGUGAAGAGUGCUCGCAUUGCUCGGAACACGCAGAUCAUAAUUCAGGAGGAGUCAGGUAUUCCUAAAGUGGCAGACCCCUGGGGUGGAUCUUACCUCAUGGAGUGUCUCACCAACGAUGUCUAUGAAGCUGCUUUAAAGCUUAUUGAGGAGAUUGAAGAAAUGGGUGGCAUGGCCAAAGCUGUUGCUGAGGGGAUUCCCAAACUUCGUAUUGAAGAGUGUGCAGCCCGAAGACAAGCCAGGAUUGACUCUGGGUCUGAAGUAAUUGUUGGAGUAAACAAGCAUCAGCUGGAAAAAGAGGAGACAGUCGAAGUUCUGGCUAUUGAUAAUACCUCAGUCCGUAGCAAGCAGAUCGAGAAGAUCAAUAAGGUGAAGGCUAGUAGAGAUCAAGCAGCAGCCCAGCAAUGUCUCGCUGCUCUAACGCAGUGUGCUGCUACUGGGGAAGGCAACUUACUUGCACUUGCAGUGGAAGCAGCACGUUCAAGAUGCACCGUUGGAGAAAUAACAGAUGCAAUGAAGAAGGUGUUUGGGGAGCAUAAAGCCAGUGACCGAAUGGUGAGCGGAGCUUAUCGCCAGGAGUUUGGAGAGAGUGAUGAAAUUCUUCAUGCCAUCAAUAGAGUUAACAAGUUCAUGGAUCGUGAGGGGCGCAGGCCUCGUAUACUCGUUGCAAAGAUGGGUCAAGAUGGUCAUGACAGAGGAGCUAAAGUUAUUGCUACAGGAUUUGCAGACAUUGGCUUUGACGUGGACAUAGGUCCCCUCUUCCAGACACCUCGAGAAGUGGCCCAGCAGGCGGUUGAUGCAGAUGUGCACUGUGUUGGUGUGAGCACACUUGCAGCAGGUCAUAAAACUCUUGUGCCUGAGCUCAUCAAAGAACUCAACGCCCUUGGCCGGCCAGACAUUCUCGUCAUAUGUGGAGGUGUCAUCCCACCUCAGGAUUACGACUUCCUGUAUGAAGCUGGCAUUACCAGUGUGUUUGGUCCAGGGACUCGUAUUCCAAAAGCAGCAGUCCAGGUGUUGGAUGAUAUUGAGAAGUGCCUGGAGAAGAGGCAGCAGUCUAUGUAAUGCUGAAAUGUCACACAAUGCAACCAGCCUUAUACUAAUCGCUUACAGAAUGUAAUCAUCAGCAAGGGAUGGCCAGCUACAUACCUUUGGUUCCACUGCCCCACGGCCUGGUGUUUUGUGCUUUCUAAGAAAGUUGUAAAUUCUCUGCUUGUUCUAUUUGAGGAUUAUUUAUAUAUGUACCCACAAGAAAAUUUUAUCUCUAGAACUAUGACUUCAGGGAAUGAAGGGAAUUGAGUAGGUGGGUUUGGUUUUUUUUUCCAGAUAUACUGAUAAAUAAAAUAUCCAUUCCAGCUCUUUGGUUGAUCUCUUUUGCAUGCAGGGAAUUUCUUUUGAAUUUUUUGGCAGGCAUUGUAGACCUAGAAGUCUUCAGGCAAAAUCACUAAAGUUCAGCAGAGCUGUGAUUGAAUCCAGCAGCACUUUGAUGUUAAUCUGACUUAACUCUCUUUAGAAACGUAUAAGUAGAUAAAUCGUAAUUUUUCAGAGUUCAUGGUUUGUUUAAUAAGAUACAAAUCCAGUAGUUGGCAGUAACCCGUAUAGGAGCAGCUGUGCACUUCAGCUCUGUCUGCAUCACUGCCCUUCCCCAGUACUUCAUUAUUUCUCAAAUGAAGUUCAUUUCAGUGCUCAUUCUCCCUUACUUAGUUCUGUAUUUUUGUCCCGUAUUGUUCUUGCUAUCCCUGUCUAUUUAGCAGUUGGACUUUCUUGAGGUAAAUUGAUCCUAAAUUCUUACCAUUUUUGUCUCCCCUCCAGAAGGAAUUUGCUUUAUACAUGUGAGAAUUCCUUUGUGGAAUCCAUACGAGGCAAAUGGGGUGUGAGAGUCUUUUGACGGGCAGUUCCUGGCAUUAUGGCCCUGUCCCGCUUUACUUCAUUUUGCCUUGUUGCUCAUUGCAUCCCAUCAUUUUAUGAGACUGCAGCCUCCCUGGGAUAAUGCUUGUAUCUGCCUUAUGGUGGAAGAGGCUGUAGCACACUUCUACAAUGUUUAGCACCAUCAUACGUUAUUCAAAAUGAGAUUGAUGCAGUUGGCUAGAAAUUGCAGAUCCAAUUAAUAGCAUGGUAUCCUCACUUCAAAGAUUGCAGUUGAACAGAUCUUUACUUAAAGUAAGCUUGUUUAAUCGGGCACUUGCCAGUAGUCUCACUGCUCAGAAACAAGAAGGUUGAGUGCCUUGCUGUUUUCUUCUCUCUGUCUUUCUAAUUAAGGUUUAAAUUAUUGAUCCCAAACCAGACCUUUGCCUUGAGAACUCCUUGGGCAUUUAUCCUCAACUAUUUAUAAGUAUCUAAUUCCCUCCAAGAAAUAUUGGUAUGGUUCAAACCAGGAUAUAUGGAAAGUGACA